AUGCCUGCCCUCCGCCUGCUGCUCCUGGCGCUGCUCCUGCAGCUGCAUCCUGCCUCCUGCCAGGAAGCCCGGGGCAGUCUCCAGCCGUGGUCACAGGGUGUCAUCGCAGUGGUUGUAUUUCUAGUGCUGGUGGCCAUCGCUUUCGUCGUCAACAGGUUCUGGUGUAAGGAUAAAGUGGAAAGUGUCGAGAACGUGGUGAGUGUGGAGGACAAGCCAGAUGCUGUCACGUCCAACGGCCACGAAGGGAGAUACGUAUCAGCUGCAGCUGACUUCAGGUCCAAAGAGAACCAGCACGCCUACGAGAACACCGUGGAGCCCGAGGAGAAGGUGAUCACCACGGCCAUGUAGCAGCACCCGCCCGCCGCCCUCCUCUUCCUCUCGAUUCGCUUCCCGCUAUUGCGAUGGGCAUUCUCACGGAGACCCUCUGUGCUGGCACCCCCUGGGAGUGAUGGGGCCUCUCCCUGGCACCACCACCUCCUGAUCUUUUCCUUUUCCACCCGUGGGACAUGCUCCUGUCCACAAUGUCCCCAGGAGAGGUUUGGAGGUGCCACCUGUCCUGCCUGGUGGUCACCCCACCUGGCUGCCAAGGUUGAUGUCCCAAGUCCUGGGAGGGUGUUGACCUGUUCAAGACACAGAGGGGGAUCCUGCUGGGUGCCUGGGACAUCCCCACACUCCCAGCUGCCCUCCAGGGAGCUGCUGAUGGAAAACCUGCUCUUUUCUCCCCAGUUCACCCUC